AUGAGGAAUUAUCUGGACUUCAAAGAAUUCCCUAGAGUCUCUAAAUUAUCCAAGUGUUUAUACAACCCCCUUGACAAUAGGAAGAUCAGGUCAUGUUUAAUAUUAAACCCAAUGAAUCUCUCAAAAAAUCAAACGGAAGUGACACAAGGUAAACUCAAGAACGAAAAAAUUUCCGGAUAA